AAAAGGCUCCGUGGGUGGGGUUGAAUUUCGCUUUAUUUUGGCUUCCAGUCUCAGAGCUCUGAUGCCAUUGCCCACAGUUCUUCCACCAAACCUCAAACUUCACAGUGUAUCGCUCACCGAAAGAUCUCCGCUUUCUUCGGAUUUAACGGAAUGAGCAUAAUCACUCCUGUCGAAACCCUAAUUUUGCGGUCACCGCGUCGUUUUCUUCCCCGGCAUCCCCCGGUUGGUCUUCCCAUUCAUCGGGCAGCAGCUUUUCCGCGCAACAGCUUCUCAAUCUCUUCUUCGGUAUCAUGCUCUGUGGACUUUCUUCGCGUUGACCCAGUUCCUCGUGAUGCCAGGUCGAGAUUUUUGUGGCAUAUAUAUGCAUCGGAGAAGAUCUCGGGUGUGGGUUCUGGCGAAGAAGCUGAUUCGAUUGAGUUUCCCUUGUCCCAGAUGCCUGAGAAGAAAGCCUCUCUAGUGGAUGUAUUGAAGCAAGCCAACUCUAUUCUUCCUCAUGUAGUGCUCGGGAGUACAAUACUAGCUCUUCUCUAUCCACCUUCUUUCACAUGGUUUACAUCGAGGUAUUUUGUGCCCGCCUUGGGGUUCUUGAUGUUUGCAGUUGGCAUCAAUUCUAAUGAGAAAGAUUUUCUUGAAGCCUUCAAGAGGCCGGAUGCAAUCUUUGCUGGUUAUGUUGGGCAAUAUGUCAUAAAACCCCUCUUGGGUUACAUCUUUGGCAUUAUGGCUGUAUCCAUUUUCCAUCUUCCCACUCCCAUAGGUGCAGGAAUCAUGUUGGUGUCGUGUGUUAGUGGAGCUCAGCUGUCAAACUACGCUACUUUCCUGACAGAUCCAUCACUAGCACCUCUUAGCAUUGUCAUGACAUCGCUCUCAACUGCCACUGCAGUUCUUGUGACGCCAAUGCUGUCGGUCUUUUUAAUCGGGAAGAGGCUUCCUGUUGACGUGAAGGGGAUGAUAUCCAGUAUUCUUCAGGUCGUAAUUGCACCUAUUGCUGCAGGACUGCUCCUCAACAGAUUAUUCCCAAGAUUAUGCAAUGCCAUUCGGCCAUUUCUCCCGGUUCUAUCAGUUCUUGACACAGCUUGCUGCAUUGGAGCGCCGCUUGCUUUGAACAUCAAUUCUGUUAUGUCCCCAUUCGGAGCUACCAUUUUGUUCCUUGUCACUGCAUUUCAUCUCACAGCUUUCAUCGCUGGAUACUUCCUUACGGGUUAUGCUUUCAGCAAGGCACCCGAUGUAAAAGCGCUACAACGGAUGUUAUCCUAUGAAACCGGAAUGCAGAGCAGUCUUCUGGCUCUGGCGCUAGCCACCAAGUUUUUCCAAGAUCCACUCGUGGGUGUGCCUCCCGCCAUCUCUACGGUGGUAAUGUCUUUGAUGGGUUUCACUCUCGUCAUGCUUUGGACCAGUAGAAAAGAGUGAAGUAACCAACCGGCAAAGACAGAGAGAGGUUCAGCAGUGGAUAUUUAUGUAGAUGUCUCCGCAGGAAAUAUUAUCUAUUAGCAUUUCGCUUUUCUUUGAUGUAUGGUUUAGGAUUUAGACCAAUAAUUCCGUAUUCCAUUUAUUCUUUUUUCCUUUUUCUUUGAUGGAAUAAUCAAAGCAAAUUUGUAAGAACCAAAACAUAUGAUUGAUAUCUUCCUGCUUCUUA